AUGGAGCAAGAAAACGUGUACGGUGCUCACUGCGGCAAAUAUAAUGGUGUUGUCUUCUCCGAUUACAAUUCUUGUUUCUGCAUACAGAGAUGUGACAAGGAUCAGAAAGCAAGGGUCUCCCCGUGCCCCGUGGCCAUGACUUCCUGCCUUCUCCUCGUCGCUGCCUCGGCCAUCCUCUUCGUCGUGGCCGCUGGGAAGGACAACAAGAUCAUGAAGCCGUUUAAUCCGUCCUGCUCGACGACGGACAACUACACCGACGACAGCCAGUACAAGAAGAACCUGGACGAGCUCCUAGCGACGCUCCCCACGGCGGCCGUCGACAAUGGCUGGUUCUACAAGGGCAGCGCCGGGGCGGGGGCCGACGAGGCGUUCGGCCUCAUCAUGUGCUUCGCGGACCGCAGCGCGGCGCAGUGCCUCGACUGCCUGACCCGAGCGCCGGCGGGGAUCACGACGAUGUGCCCGGGCAGCCGAAACGUGAGCGCCGCGUACGACGCGUGCGUGCUCCGGUACUCGGCCGCGCCGAUCCCCGCCGCUGCGGACCUCAACGCCGUGUUCAGCGUGGACGCGUACAUCAUCGGGUUGCCGGUGACCCCCGAAGCGGUGCGGGCCGCCUGGGUGCCGCUGGUGAGCAAGCUCACGGGCGGCAUCGCCGCUUCGCCGCUGCGGAUCUUCAAUAGCAGCACGCCCUACUCGGGAGCGGGGGCGCAGCUGAUGUACGGGCUGGCGCAGUGCACCAGGGACCUCAACACCAGCGAGUGCGUGAGCUGCAUCUCGAGCUACGCCAGCUUGCUGGGGCAGCUGUAUGACAACACCACCGGAGGCUCCAUCAAGGGGUACAGCUGCUACUUUGUCUACCUGCUCGCCCCGCUAGACAACAUCACCUUGCCGCCAGCGCCGGCAUCGGAGCCGCCCCUACCGCCUUCGCCUUCGCCGCCUCUACCGCCUUCGCCUUCGCCGCCGACGCCACAUUCUCCAACUUCAAAGACAGGGAUCGUGAUCGGCGUGUCCGCCGGUUCAGUCUCAACCUUGCUCGUUAUUCUGGGCUUCUCCAUAUGGCUCCUUCUCCGGCGACGACGGAGGAAACAGGCUACAAUCCUUGAGGAAGCGAAGGAGAAAGAGCUGGGUUUGGGAGACGGCGGCGGCUUCUUCGACGAGGAGACGGAGAUGGAAGACGAGUUCGAGAAAGGGACCGGACCGAAGCGGUUCCGCUGCAGCGAGCUCGCUGUUGCCACCGGCAACUUUGCCGAUGACAGGAAGCUCGGGGAAGGAGGAUUCGGAUCGGUGUACAGAGGAUUCUUGAAGGAGAUGAACCUUCACGUCGCCAUCAAGAGGGUGUCCAAGGGCUCGAAGCAGGGGAGGAAGGAGUACGCCACGGAGGUGAAGAUCAUCAGCAGGCUCAGGCACCGCAACCUGGUGCAGCUCAUCGGCUGGUGCCACGGCGGCGGCGAGCUGCUCCUCGUCUACGAGAUGAUGCCCAACGGCAGCCUCGACAAGCACCUCUACAGCACCGGCAACACUGCGCUUCUGCCAUGGCCGCUCCGGCACGAGAUCGUGCUGGGCCUGGGGUCGGCCCUCCUCUACCUGCACGAGGAGUGGGAGCAGUGUGUGGUACAUAGGGACAUCAAGCCCAGCAACGUGAUGCUGGACGCGUCCUUCCACGCCAAGCUCGGCGACUUCGGGCUCGCCAGGCUCGUCGACCAUGGCCGGGGCUCGCACACCACUAUGCUCGCCGGAACCAUGGGGUACGUGGACCCGGAGUGCUUGAUCACCGGCAAGGCGAACGCCGAGUCGGACGUCUACAGCUUCGGCAUCGUCCUCCUGGAGAUCAGCUGCGGCAGGCGGCCUCUAGUGGCUCGCCGCGAGGAAGAAGACGCGAUCCACAUCGUGCAGUGGGUGUGGGAGUGCUACGGCAGGGGAGCCAUCCUAGACGCCGCCGACGCGAGGCUGAAGGGUGAGUUCGACGCCCGGGGGAUGGAGACGGUGAUGGUCGUCGGACUCUGGUGCGCGCACCCUGACCGGAACCACCGGCCGUCCAUCAGGCAAGCCGUCAACGUGCUGCGGUAUGAGGCGCCACUGCCCAAUCUACCGGCGGGGAUGCCGGUGGCAACAUACGUGCCACUGUUAGAUUAUUUUAACUGA